AUGCAAGCACAAUCAGCCACUCCCGCGCAGGCUCCUGCUCCUGCACCAGCACCUGUCGCAACGAUCGGUCAAGUGCUCGCUGCAGCACCACCGCCUCCUGCCGAACGAGUCACGACGGCAACCAACUUUCAGAGCCGCAUCCAGAACUCGGCCUCUGGGUACGGCGACCUCAUUCAGGGCCGGCCACCAUUCAACGCGCAGCCGCCGCUGAACGUUGACAUCACCAUCACGGAGAUCUGCACGUUCUUCCCGAGCUGGUUCCUGCUUCCCGAGGUGGCAGUGCGUGCUGUUCGCAACGGCUGGGGCCGGCGUGAUAUCGCCAAGGCACAGCUGCACGCGGCCAACCUUCUCGACAGGGAGAACCUGUCAAAAGCCGAGAACCGCAUCCAGAAGCAAAUCUCGGAUGGCGGAAAGCAUUUCUGUGGCUUGUGGGGGGCGGAGGAUGACCGUUGGAACUCGGAGGAGCAGCGGAUGGCGCUCGGUCAGGAUGACGACCUGACAGCGAACGACUGGAGCUUCCGACCGCCGAAGCGCGGGCUUCCACCAGUAUAUGGCCAUGUGAAACUGGCAGACCUUGUGAACGGCGUGGUCAACCCACCUGACCCGCUCGACCAAGGUCUUGUGACCAAGUGCAUCGCCUUCGCUGCCAGCAACCCUCACUUGGACCUCGACACCUCGCACUGGGACUGGGUCAUUCAACAGCUCAGUGCAAUCGGAUCACCAUCACCACAGCGCCUGAAUGCGCAAUACGAUAUUCAGGCGGUGGAGCGGCUUCGAGCCAACGUCUCUGAGCCAUGA